CUUUAGAGCAGCUGCUCCUCCGUCAGUCGGAGUGAAAGUUGUCUCCGGCUGGAGCGGAGCUCCGUCAGGAUCCCGGCAGCUUGUUUAGUUCUUCCUCCCCGGACAGAUAGAGCGAAAUGCGGCGAAAGGAGAAGAGGCUGCUGCAGUUCACCGGGCUGCUGCUCGCCGCGGCUCUUUUCUUCCCCAACGUCGGCCUGUGGUCUUUGUACCGGGACCGCGUGCUGGACAGCGGCUCCGCGGGGUCAGCGGACGGACCGAGCCGGAUCUCAGCACUGCUUCAGGGGUUCAGCCAGAAGGUGGUUCAGGUAGGAGCUGACGGUGUGCGGCGAGUCGACUGGCACAACCAUGAAGCGAUAAGGAGAGACGCGGCUCGGAUCGGUAACGGUGAACAGGGGAAGCCGUUCCCUCUGACAGAAACUGACCGGGUCGACCAGGCCUACCGGGAAAACGGCUUCAACAUUUAUGUCAGCAACCGGAUCUCUCUCAACCGCUCCCUGCCUGACAUCCGCCACGAAAAGUUCACCUUCGUAAUGACAGUCGCUCAUCUGGAGGACGUUUGGUAAUGUGUUUAUGCGUAGAUAAAAUAACUAAAAAUGUUUCCAUCACAAAGACUAAAUUAUCUAGAGGCUUGUGUGAAGCUUCUGUCUUUGAAUGCUGGUGUAGGACAAUUUUCAGUUUUUCUUGUGAGGCCUUAGUUCAUGCUUCCAUUCCACUGAUUUUCCCAAAAGGAUGUUUUCUUUUUUAAUUUGUGUUCAUGAAAGCAGAGGUUCUUUGACCUGAGCUCCCCUACAAUAAUCUGUUAGUCCUGACAGAUACAUUUGAAAAAGAAAAUCAAUACCGCAACACAAACAGAUCAAGAUGUAGAUGAAUGAUGUUUUUUUGUUGCUAAUGAAAAUGCAGUCUGUUACAACAGGUGGUUUUAUUACUGCUGCAGCAUUGAAAACAAAUACUAAACACAACUUGAACGUAUUUUUGUUCUAAAUUGGCCUGCCAGAAUAAUCUUCUCAUCUGUUCCAGGAGAUGCAAUAGGUUACAGAUUUUCAAGAUCACAUCCAGAGACAAAACCUUAAGUUUCAAUUCUUGGACUGGAUGAUGUGACCUAAAGUUCAUAUAUAUUGUAAUACAGAAUGUUAAUUCAUGCAGGUGUAAAAAGUGAGGCAGCCUCUAACCCGUCUCCCUACAGCAGGACUAAAGCAACCAAAUUUGCUUUUGCUGCUCCAAAUACUCCAACAACAGAUGCAGUAGUAUAUAAGUUAAGUUAAGCAAGCAGCAGUUUGGGUGCUCAAUUAUAAACUGGCAGACAUAUAUGCAAAAAAACAAACAAACAAAAAAAACAAACCCUUUUUUAAAGGAGACAUAUUUUGCCAGAUUUACAUUAACACAUUUUUGUUCUUCCAUCUGUGUUCUCUACUGCUUCUAAAAAUAGCCAAAUGCUUAAAAAAAUAAGGCACAAGAACUACAUGUCUUUUGGUGUUUGGAAACUGACCCUGUUUUAAAAUCCUUGUUAAUGUAAUGUCACCUGGCAACCCCAGCAAAGCCCAUCCCAUCUCCUAGCAACCCAA